AUGUAUUCGUCCAAUUUCAUUUCAGAGUCCUUAGAGGGCAGAGACAACGGCUCCCAGGGUCACCAGACCAGCAAACAGGGCGACCAGCUUGGAGUUGGAGCCAGAGUAGGAGAUUGGGUUGGAGAGAGCGGCAGCGCCGGCAGAGGAGCUGGAAGAAGAGCCAGAGGAGCCGGACGCAGAGUGAGAGCCAGCGGCGCUGGAGGCAGCAACGUUAGCGGUGCCGACCAAGCUAUCAUGCUUCCAACAGUCUACGCGCAUAACAUCGCUCUUGCUGCAGUGCCAUUUUUCGCCGGUGUCUACGCCGGUAGCGGGUCCCUGGACGACGACGGUCUUGGCUCAGGGGAGUCCAACGAGUCCGCUGCGGCUUCCGUGGCUGUGGAAACGUCAGCUGCGGGAGAAACUGCUGAAACCGUUGCCACUGGCACCGCCACGAACACACUGACGACCGCCACCGAGGGCCAAUGGCAGGCAGAACAAACCACCACCUCCGUCGCCGCCUGGGAAGAAACCAGCACCACCGCCUGGGAUCAGCUGGUCUCUGCCUCUAUCACCGACUCCGUCUCCGACACCGCUUCCACCGCCAGUUCCGGCUGCGGAGGCGCAUACGCCCAGUGCGGUGGCCUGGGCUAUUCUGGGAACACCUGCUGCCUGGCCGGGUACCAAUGUGUGACGGCCAACAGCUACUGGGCGCGGUGUGUGGCCGCAACGACGCUCGCCUCGCGAGCUGCCAGUGGUUCCGCAAGGGCCUCCGUCAGUGCCUCCACCAGCGGCACAACCUACACCACCACAUACACCACGCACUUCUCCUCCACUGUCCAGCAGAGCGGCUCCUCGUACGUCACCGAAGGCAGCUCCGUGGUAACGUCUGUUGUCCAGAGCAGUUCAGUCGCGAUUGUGUCCGAAGGCAACGGCGGCGCUCCUCUAAGAACUUACGAGGGCUCGUGGAAAAGCAAGGCACUGGUUGCUGGGCUUUUGGGGAUGUCUCUGUUGGUGGGAAUAAAUUAG